GGCAGGUCUUCGAGGCCAAUCGCGAUCCCGUUUGAACAAGCUUCGCAGAGAUAGGCGCAAAGCAGCAUGAUCAUCAUGAGCGCCGGAGAGUAGCAUCAUCAUUGUGAGCAUCGUCAUUGUGAGUAUCAUCAUGGAGCCGCUCAGGCAACGUGAUUGUAGAAUAGCAUAGAACAAAAAAGUAUAUGCUCAUCGAAACGAUAAAAAUGCCCACGCAGCGUCUUUCCGACCUGGCUCUCAACGCCUACUACUGCCCAAAAAUCCUUCACAACAACCUCGGCGAUUCCGGCGGAGACAUUGGCGACGCCGCAGUGCAAACUGCAACACAAAGUCAAAGCCACAAGAAAACGCAAGCCGCUGCUGGUCGUUCAUCAAAAGCGGACAGCAACAAUCCUCACGCAGAGCAGAAGCAACAACACGACGAGACGAACCAACUCAACGAUUUGAGAAAGCUCGCCGAGCCGGUGUAUUACUACCACCGGGAGUGGACCGACCAGCAAGAUCAGAUGGAGAAAACGUUGCAGGCACUAACCAGGUUCGACCCCGCGGACGACAAGACUUUAAUAAAACGGAAACUCGACCAAGCCGACCUCCAGUACUCUGUUCUGGCGGAGACCUACACGAGAUUCCAAGGUUUGGUUGCGAACUUGCUGUCGAAAUUAGGCAUGAAGUGCGCGGACGCGCACCCGGUGCACAUGCCGGAUAUUCACAAGGAGGAUCCCGAGGCGGAAGCGAAGUUGGAAGAGGAAAAUGCUGGUGGGGAAACGGAAGACAAUGUCAAUGCUGCGGGGGGUGGAGAAGCGGAAGAUAAAAAGGCUGGGGAAGCAGAGGCUGAUAGUACGGUGGUAGACGGCGCAGAGCCAGGCACGGAAGACGCAAACGCAACAAAAACUGCGAAAGAUGAAGUUGAAGACGCAGAGGAAACUAUUGAAGUUUAGCUCUUUCGUUUCGCAAGAUCAAUGGAAAAAAACAAAAUGCCGACUGUAUGAUGCACUUCAAUCACGGGCUCCUCUCCGCUGCUGAUUGUGAGAUAGCCUGAGCGUGAAUGUAAAAAGAAAAAUAGCAGCGGAAGCUGCACGACGACAUCUGUGUCCGUGUAUGGUGUUCU